GUUCUCUCACCUCCCAAAAUGUCUCACCAAAUUUCCAUGGCUACUACUCAAACCCAAAAUCCAGAUGCUAAUGUAUAUCGUCGCUUAGCAAAUUAUCGACCAAGCUUAUGGGGAGACAAUUUCCUCUCUUAUUCUAAUAAAUCCGAGGAAACCAUUGAUGACUUGGAGCAAGUUCAACGGUUGAAGGAAGAAGUGCAAAGAAUGUUGAUGGCUCCCAUCGAUAAUCUUCUAGAAAAGUUGGAGUUGAUUGAUGCAAUCCAACGCUUAGGAGUGUCUUACCAUUUUGAAGGUGAGAUUGAUGAAGUAUUACAACAAAGUCACAGGAAACAUCAUACGCGUGAUGUCCAAGAAAUUGAUGAUGCUCUUUAAUUGCGUCUGUGAAGAGUUCGAGUUCUUCAUGUGUGCCAUAUACAUCAUAAAUGUCAUCUAUGAUUGAUGCCAUGCAAAUUGUUUUGGUAAGUAUCCUCCGAGCAAGAGAGUAUUGGGGUUCAAAGUACACUCCCAAAAUCCAGAAGUAUAACUCCACCACCCUAUCUCAUGCAAAAGAUAGGUUUGUCGCAACAUCUAUAUCUUUCCACCACCUAAAUUACAAUUUAACAAAAACUGGCUGGUCAAAUCAUGUCUAAUGAAAGCAUAAUUACAACCCCAAUGUAGUGAGGUAUAGUUAAUGAACUUACCUUGAGAUAUGGCUAAGUUCCUUCUGGUGUUGUUUUUGCAACAUGUUAAAAUCCAAUUUUGCAAAGUUUAGUAGAACUUCAUUAUGUGAAGCAUUUUCUUGGUAGAUAGAAAAGUACUGCCUAGCCUCUACCCUUGGCAAGCACUUUUGAAUAGGUCGAUUUAAAGCAUGGCUUACUUGUGUGGCGAGAGGAGGGCUCAAAUUAAUUGCCAUUGAUUCCAGGUGAGUGGUAGUAAACUUAAGUGCUUCAUCAAGUAUAUCUUCUCCAUGCACCCUCAUAUGUGUAGCUUCAUAAAAGCUUAACAUUCCUUUCACAUCGUUAGUAAGUGAUUCCUUGAAGUUUCCCAUAUUGUCUUUGAAUUUGUUGGAGAUAUCUACUUUACCACCCAGCACAAGACAUGCGUGAGCCAUUAGUAGAUGAUAUGAAAAUAAUGAUGGAAGUGAAUGCUUGAUCAUGAAAAUUAACUUUUAGCUUGUUUAAGGAUAU